CCUCCUACCGCCGCUUCCGAGUCGCAGCCCCAAGGGCGGGAACGCCUGCAGCAGCCCGGAUACCGAACGGUGGUAGGCUUAGGGGGCCCUGGAGCCGGAGCUGGGAGCCAGAGUCAGUGCUGAAUCCUGGCCUGAGGCUGCGGGCUCUGCGACCCUGCGAGAUGGACGGGCCAGAAGGCAAUGCUGGUCAGCCUGGCCCAGCUGAGAGGUCCCACCGGAGCAGCCUGUCUUCAGUGGGAGCCCGAGCUGCUGAUGUACUGGUGUACCUGGCCGAUGACACAGUGGUGCCCCUGGCUGUGGAGAACCUGCCCUCACUCAGUGCCCACGAGCUGCACCGGGCAGUCCGCGAAGUCCUGCAGCUCCCAGACAUUGCCCUAGAUGCCUUUGCACUCUGGCUUGUCUCCCCGCUGCUGGAGGUGCAGCUGAAGCCCAAGCACCAGCCCUACAAGGUGGGCCGCCAGUGGCCCGAGCUGCUACUGCGCUUCACUGACGCCCCAGACGACGAUGUGGCCAUGGAUGAGCCUUCCCUGCAAUUCCGAAGGAACGUGUUCUUCCCAAAGCGGCGGGAGCUCCAGAUCCACGAUGCGGAGGUCCUGCGGCUGCUGUAUGAGGAGGCCAAGGGCAACGUGCUAACCGCUCGAUAUCCGUGUGAUGUGGAGGACUGCGAGGUGCUUGGCGCCCUGGUGUGCCGUGUGCAGCUUGGGCCCUACCAGCCUGGCCAGCCUGCUGCCUGCACCCUGAGAGAGAAGCUGGACUCCUUCCUCCCUGCCCAUCUCUGCAAACGGGGCCACGGCUUCUUUGCUGCCUUCCGGGGCCGCAGCGCCAAGUCUGGGACGGGUGAGCAGGGCUUGCUGAACGCCUACCGCCAGGUGAAGGAAGCAGUCGGCAGCAGCAACAGCGGGCAGGAAGCCGCCCUGGGCUCCCACUACCGUGCCUACCUCCUCAAGUGCCACGAGCUGCCCUUCUACGGCUGUGCCUUCUUCCAUGGCGAGAUUGACAAGCCAGCCCAGGGCUUCUUACACCGGGGCGGACGCAAGUCCGUAACUGUGGCCAUCAGUCUGGAAGGCGUGCAUGUCAUCGACAGCAGGGAGAAGCACGUCCUGCUGGGCCUCAGCUUCCAGGAGCUGUCCUGGGACCACACCUCCCCGGAGGAGGAGGAGCCUGUGUUGUGGCUGGAGUUCGAUGGGGACAGUGAGGGUGUGCCUGUCAACAAGCUGCUCAGGAUCUACUCCAAGCAGGCCGAGCUGAUGAGUGGCCUCAUUGAGUACUGCAUCGAGCUGAACCUGGCCUCAGAGCCCGCUGCUCCCCAGGAAAGCACAUCUGGUCCCCGCUCGGCCRCGGGGCCCUCACCACCUCCCACUCAGCGCCCCAAGCUGCGGAGGCAGGGCAGCGUGGUGUGCAGCCGGAUCCAGCAUCUCUCCACCAUUGACUACGUGGAGGACGGCAAGGGCAUCAAGCGGGUGAAGCCGAGGCGCACCACGUCCUUCUUCAGCCGGCAGCUCUCCACGAGCCAGGGCAGCUACACCGUGGUGCAGCCCACCGACAGCCCGGAGCAGGGCUGAGGGCAGCCAUCCUCCCAGGCCAGGGCCAGGCCGCAUCGUCUCCAGAGCUGAGCGUGUGGCGGAAGCCGCCUUGGCCAUUCAGGGCCUGAUGUGCCAGACCGUGGAGAGGUGGUUCCUGUGCCUGGGAUCAUACUGGACUGCAGCGCUGGCCAGCGGCCUCCUCAGGUCCCUAUGACAACCUGCCCUCCCUUGCCUGGACUCUGGGCUCAGCUGCUGUCUCAGGACCACCUGAUGGGGCCCCAGCUGCCCCCUCAUACCCCAGGCACACCUUCAUGCCCAUCUCAAGGUGGACGGUGUCCUCCGCUCUGAAAGUACUGCUGGCAGCUUUGAGGGCCGAGGAUCAGGGCUGGACCUGCAGGUUUUCCCCUGGACUUGGGUGACCAUGUCUGGCAUUCCUUCUGCGGCAUUCCACCCACACCACAGGGUGGGCUGGCACUCCGAGGAAGUGGGAGGGCCUCCUGGGACUGGACCAUGACRAAGAAGGUGAGGUCCCCCUGGCACCCCUGCCUGGCUGAAUGGGACUGGCAGGGURCCCCCUGCACUCAGGUGACCCUGUGGGCACACAGGAUACUAAGUCUUUAAUGUCACUGCUGGGAAGUGGCUGGCUUGUCCAGCAAGCCCACCAGACCCACACUCCACACUGGGGACAUCUCCUGAAAGCCCUCUGUCACUCUCCUAGGCCCAGGCCGUUGCCCCACCCCGGGGCCAGGCGUCUGCAGCAGGUGGGGUCCCCCUCCCCUGCUUUGGUGCAGCCUGUGAACCUUGCCGGCACCAGGAGGCGCCCUCUGCUCCUCAGAGCUGAGUGUGCCUUCAGCAGUGCUGGGCUGAAGGGGACUUGGAUACAGGUGCUGCCUGCUGUCCCAGUUUUGUCCUGGCAGCAGUGGCUUUGUGAUGGGAAUUAUCUGGGAGGAGCCAGGCUCUAGAGGGAGGGCUUUCCUGGCCCUUGGGCUUGUCUGUGGUCUGUGGCUCUCAGUGCCAGGAGAGCAGGCCUGGGUGGCACAGGGCUUGCUCUGCAGUCCCUUCCCAGGGGACAGCGGGGAAGUGCACACCUCUCGUGCUACAAAAAUGAGAUCCGCUCACCUCCCUUGGUAGCUUGUGAGGCCCAGAUGUUUCAAGGCGGUUCUGCCUCCCGCAGCAGGRACAUUAUUGUCAUAGUGAAUAAGUGGAAAGAGGAGGCCCGGGAGGCUUCUUCAGCCUGUUGGGGUGUCCCUGCUGCGGGACAGCAUGAGCUGCUGUGUCCUGCUGCCCCUCCUGGAGUCAUGUGACCUCUUGGAGCYGCCAGCUGUCCCUCAGCUCCAGCCCUCUGGUCACUUGGGGCCUACUGACUGUCAYUGCACUGUAUUCUUAUCUGAUGGCCGAGGGGCGUGGCCGGUGUGCAUCCGGGUACAAACACUGCAUGUUUCCCUUCAGCCUUUCUCACUUCCUAAGCAUCCAUUGUGCCUUAACCUUCUCUGCUUGCCCUUUGGGACAAAGCAGUAUUCUACUAAAUGUCCUCCAAAUGUCCUCAUUCUUUUGUAUCMUGUGACUUAUUAAUAAACCCAUUUCUGGCAAACUUUGGAGUGGUUUA